GACGCGCGGGGCACGCCGGGAGGUGCCGUGAGGGCGGGCGCGCUCGGUCGUGGCGGCGCCGCCGGUCGCGAUGCUCCGUCGGAAGCCGACGCGGCUGGAGCUGAAGCUGGACGAUAUCGAGGAGUUCGAGAGCGUGCGGAAGGAGCUGGAGAGCCGCAGGAAGCAGCGCGACGAGGCGGAGGCGGCGGCGGGCGGCGAGGAGGCGGCGGCGAUCGGAGCGCUGGGCACGGAGCACAAGAGCCGCGAGCAGCUGAUCAAUGAGCGCAUCGGGUACAAGCCGCAGCCCAAGGCCGGCAGCCGCACCGCGCACUUCGGCACCUUCGAGUUCUGAGUGCCCCGGAGCCCCGGCCUCACUGCCCUCCCCCCGAGCUGUUACAGUUCUGGUUUUUAAGUUUGGUUAACAGGCCAGUAAACCCGUCUGGCGAGUGUUUUGUUUAAAAUAAACACUUAUUUUUUUUAAUAAAAGAAUUAUAAUCACA